UCUAUUUUCCCCAUAAUUUUCCAAUUCCAUUCCCUGUUUUUUUCUUCCUCUGUUUUAGCCGGGAUAUUAGGGAAGCUGCAGUAUAAAAAUAUAGUACUAGUGCGUUCAUGCAUCUGGAGAAUCUCAGUUUUUAAAAGAGAAGAAAUGAAGAAAUGUGAGCUGUGCCACAAGGUCGCAAGAAUGUACUGUGAAUCCGACGAAGCAAGUCUGUGCUGGGAUUGUGAUUUGAGGGUUCACACAGCAAACUUCCUUGUGGCCAAACACUCAAGAACUCUUCUCUGCCAUGCCUGCCAGUCUCCAACUCCAUGGACCGGCUCUGGUCCCAAACUCGGCCCCACUGUUUCCGUUUGUGAGGCUUGUAUCAAUGGCGGGAGGGGCAGAGGAGAUCGCACCGCCACUGAUGAGGAUGAUGACAACAAUGAGGAUAACAGUGAUCUAGUUACUCCUGAUGAUGGUGAUGAUGAUAGUGAAAACCAAGUUGUCCCUUUGUCUUUACCACCGUCUUUGGCUUCUUCGUCUUCUUCCUCUUUCACCACAAGAGAUGACUUAUCAUCCAGACCUACAACUUCUUAUGAUGUACGCGAAAGUGGGGAAGAGAAGAGCAGUGCUAAAAAGAUGAGAUCAUGGAUGUGGAGAUAGCACAAGAUGAAGACAACAACAGAAGUUUCAAGGGUUGUAGUGCCAUGUGACCUAAUGGUAAUGGAUCACAAUUAGUCAUGUGUAUUAUUCACUUGUAGUAAUAAUAUAGAGCAGCCACCAUAUUGUACUUAUUUAGCAGUUUAAUGACAUGGUUAAUGGUUUAAAUUGUCACUCACAUUGUUCAAGAAAUAUGACUUUCGAUAGUGUUGUUGUCAUAA